UAACCAUGUCUUUCCUGAGUUCUACCUGGAAUUUCAUCGGUUUCGUGAUCCUCGCGAUAGCCUCCAUCGUCAAGGGCAUCGUCAAAUCGUUUAUUCCGAUGAAAUACAAGAUGAAGAGCAUCGCCGGAGAGGUAACUCUGGUGACCGGGGGAGGGGGCGGCCUAGGUAGACUAAUCGCCCUCAGGUUAGCCAAUCUCGGUGCCAUCGUCGUUAUCUGGGACGUUAACAAAGCCGGUAUGGAAGAAACCGUUAAAUUGGUGCAAUCCGCAGGCGGAACAUGCUACGGUUACAUUUGCGACCUAUGCGAUCGGGAGGAUGUCUACAAAAAAGCUGCAUUGGUCAAAGAAGAAGUUGGAAAGGUAACGAUAUUGAUAAACAACGCUGGUAUCGUGAACAGGACGAAAUUUCUGGACACACCCGACAAGCUCAUUAUCCGGACGAUGGAUGUAAACGUGAUGAGUCACUUUUGGACAACGAAAGCGUUCUUACCUUCGAUGAUGGCGGAUGACAAGGGUCAUAUCGUAAGCAUAGCUAGCUUGGCUGGACACAUAGGAGUACCAUCAUUGGUAGACUAUUGUACCUCCAAGUUCGCGGCAGUUGGUUUCGAGGAAGCACUACACAUGGAACUAGCGGCUGAGGGAUAUAACAUCAAUACCACGGUGAUAUGUCCGUUUUUCAUUCGUAGUACUGGCAUGUUCACAGAGAUUGCGACUAGAUUUGUCCCAACGCUUAGCCCGAAUGAAGUGGCCGACCGAGUGGUGUCCGCUAUGAGGUGUAACGAGAAAAUCGCUGUAGUGCCGGGUUACCUUUACAUUUUCCUCCUCCUGAAAUGGGCUUUCCCAUGGAAAUGCGCGACAAUGUUCAUCCAGGGUGUGGUUCCAAACGAUUUUAGCACUCCCACGAACUUGCAUACGACGUCAACCGUCAGGAAGGAAAGUGUUCCCAACGUAUUGACCAAGGAUCAGAAUGGUGCCAGCAUCCAUCAGCAAUUAACCAGACGCAUUUCCAGUUCCGAAAGGAAGCCUUAAUCGUUAUGUAAUCGACUCGUGAUACAUCUGAAAUGUUUGUAAACGUACGUCGUACUGUCAGUCCACGAUACGUUCAUAACGCUGGCGUAAUUAUAAGGCGUAUUAUACAUUUAACGUACCGGGUAUACUUUAGAAAUUUAUCGCGUCUCGAUCUCGAAGCGUCUUGCUUCUUUUUCUAAGCAAGUCGUUGCGCGAAA